AUGCCGUUGAAACGGCAAAGAGAAGAUGGAGAGGAAGAUGAAAUUGACUGCUCCAUCAAACAACCAUUGCUUGAGACCGACGUUGAAGGACAGCAAGUAGGUACAAACGAGGUUAAAAGAAGUACACGAAGAGCAAAUUCAAAAGUCAAGUCAAAGGCAAAGAGCCUCAUCGAUAGGGAAAUUACGUGCAGUUUACCACCGUUGUGCUCGGAAAACCCACAGAGGUUCGACACGUUUGCAGAUUAUGAGCUUCACUAUAUCUCGAACCAUACAAAUACAUGUUUGGAAUGCAAGAAAAACUUUCCAUCGGCCAAACUCUUGGAAUUACAUAUUAGUGAAAAUCAUGAUCCCUUUAUGAAAAUAAAAUUACAAAGGGGUGAACACGUCUUUGGUUGUUUUGUUGAAAGUUGUGACCGUAUGUUUAGGGAUCACAAGAAGAGAAGAUUGCAUCUGAUUGAUAAACAUGAUUAUCCAAAAGAUUAUCUAUUCAGCAUUGUCGAUAGGGGUAUCGGCAAAAAAGAUACUUCUCUAAUUAAGAAGAAUACCAAAAACUAUGACGUUUGGAAACCUGCCUAG